ACUGUUUCCGCACGCUUGAGGGAGAGCAAGGCCCAGUGACCCACAUUCAGAGCAGCCAGUGUCUAUGUGUACGAGUGGGCGAGCGUGUGCGCGUCUCCCUGUCAAUGCGUGUGUAUGUGUGUGCCCGGGGACCGUGUGUGUGUACAUACAUCUGCCGCGAAAAUGUUUCCACCAUCGCUGGUUUUAGACAUUUCUCCGCGGCGGACAUUUAUGUUUUCGUCGGCUUUUGAGAGGAUCUUUCCCCGCGCGGAUGUUUGGGCUCAGUUCUCUCGCGGUGUUUGAGGACCAACGGUGAGGUGUGGCCGACCUGUGAGGAUUUGUCAGUGCCUGGAAGAAUAGGAACUAAAGCAGCUAGUUUUUCCUGCAAAGAGACAUUCCAGAAAGUUUGGUUGAUCACCAUGUCUUUCCCGUUGUCUGGUGCCCUCUCGUGACCCCAAUGACCUCAACGGCAGUUUUGACCAUAGAGUCAGCUUUGACCCCAAACCCUUUCUACGACCCCUGAGAAAAGACAUUAACUGACCACGUGCAUAAACCGCAUUGGGGUGGUCUUCCAAAUGCCUACCUCACGCCUAAAGAGCAAAUCACUGCAGCCACAGCCCUGAUCAGCAGCCACCAUGACAUCAAGCAUAGGGGAUGAUUGUAGCAUCUUUGAUGGGUUGAUGGAAGAAGAUGAAAAGGACAAAGCAAAACGUGUGUCCCGUAACAAGUCUGAGAAGAAGCGGAGAGACCAGUUCAAUGUCCUCAUCAAGGAACUCGGCACGAUGUUGCCGGGCAACACCAGGAAGAUGGACAAGUCCACCAUCCUGCAGAAAAGCAUUGACUUCCUGUGUAAACACAAAGAGAUUGCAGCCCAGUCGGAGUCGAGUGAGAUCAGGCAGGACUGGAAACCUCCGUUUCUUAGCAAUGAGGAGUUUACCCAGCUCAUGCUGGAGGCUCUGGAUGGGUUCUUUAUAGCAAUAAUGACUGAUGGGAACAUCCUCUACGUCUCUGAGAGUGUCACCUCACUACUAGAACACCUACCGACGGAUUUGGUGGACCAGAACCUGUUAAACUUCCUGCCAGUAGGGGAACACUCCGAGGUGUACAAGGCUCUGUCCACGCACCCCACCGACCACGACAACCUUAACUCUGAUUACCUAAAGACAAAGAACCACUUGGAGUUCUGCUGCCAUAUGCUGCGAGGGACCAUUGACCCCAAAGAACCGCCUGUGUACGAAUAUGUAAAGUUCAUUGGCAACUUCAAAUCACUCAAUAACGUCCCCAAUGUUGCGAGGAAUGGUCUAGCGGGGGUGUUACAGCGGUCACUACAACCUGCGUUUGAUGACCAGGUGUGCUUUGUAGCCACUGUUCGGCUGGCCAAACCUCAGUUUAUCAAGGAGAUGUGUACAGUGGAGGAGCCCAAUGAAGAAUUCACCUCUAGGCACAGUCUAGAAUGGAAGUUUCUCUUCUUAGACCAUAGAGCUCCACCAAUCAUUGGCUACCUGCCUUUUGAGGUUCUGGGAACAUCAGGGUACGACUAUUACCAUGUGGACGACCUUGAGAUACUGGCCAAGUGUCACGAACAUUUGAUGCAGUACGGUAAAGGGAAGUCUUGCUACUAUCGUUUCCUGACUAAAGGUCAACAGUGGAUCUGGCUUCAGACGCACUACUACAUCACCUACCACCAGUGGAACUCGCGACCGGAGUUUAUUGUCUGCACGCACACAGUAGUCAGCUAUGCAGAGGUGAGGGCAGAACAGCGCAGAGAGCUGGGCAUUGAGGAGGCUAACCCAGAAGUUACUGCAAAUAAGAGUCAGGACUCGGGCUCAGAGUCGCAGCUGAAUACGUCCAGCCUCAAGGAGGCUCUGGAGCGAUUUGACCGCAGCCGAACACCCUCAACCUCCUCACGAAGUUCUCGCAAGUCCUCAUCGCACGUCUCUGACAACACUUGCACUUCAACAGCCUCCAAGCUACACAUGGACACGGCCACGCCUCCCCGGCAGUCACUAGCCUCCACCAUGGAGAUGACAUCACAGCGUCGCUCAUCCAUCAGCAGCCAGUCUAUGAGCUCUCAGACCACAAGCCAGAGUGUGACUCCCGCUAUGAUCACUCAACAGCAGCAGCAGCAGCAGCAGCAACAACAACAACAACAACAACAACAGCAGCAGCAACAGCAACAACAGCAGCAGCAACAACAACAACAACAACAACAACAACAACAACAACCACAACCACAACAACCACAGCAGUUACAGACAAAUGUACAGCCGGUGAUGGAGUUCUCAGCGCAGGUGAAUGCCAUGCAGCAUCUAAAGGAGCAGCUGGAGCAGAGGACGAGACUGAUCCAAGCCAACAUCCAGCGGCAGCAGGAGGAGCUGAGACACAUCCAGGAGCAGCUACAGAGAGUGCAGGGACAGGGCAUACAGAUGUUGCUGCAGCAGCCGACUGGAGCGAUGAACGUGCAGCUCCCCCAGGUGGGCUCGGUCCAGCAAACAGCUACUUUGACCGGUCAGGUCCAGCAAACAACAAUUAACCCUGUCCAUUCAGGAACUCAGCAGCUCACCAUCCAGCAGCAGGCACCACCACCCCAGCAGAGCCUACAGCAGCAGCAGACCAACGCCCUCACACAGCCCCAGCGUCAGCCCCAACAACCACAACAGCAACAGCAACAGCAACAACAACAACAGACCCAGGGCUCUGUAUCUGCUCCACUAUACAACACCAUGAUGAUUUCCCAGCCAGGACAGCCCAACGUGCUGCAGAUCAGCACCAGCCUUCCGCAGUCCAACACACAGCCAGGCACCGCAGUGGCCACUUUCACACAGGACCGACAGAUCCGGUUCCCAGCAGGGCAGCAGCUGGUGACCAAGCUUGUGACAGCUCCGAUGGCAUGUGGAGCAGUCAUGGUGCCCACCUCCAUGUUCAUGGGGCAGGUGGUCACUGCGUACAACCCCUUCGGUGGGCAGCAGCAGGGAGGGCAAACCCAGACUCUCACUCUGCAACCAGCCCAAACGCCUCAAGGUCAGCCAGAUGGCCAAAACCAGACCACUGUAGUGGCACAGAGUGGCCAGCAGGGGCAGCAGCAACAACAGCAGUUCCUACAGGGCACUCGUCUUCUCCAUAGUAACCAGUCUACCCAGCUGAUUCUGCAGGCAGCUUUCCCACUCCAACAACAGGGUACCUUCACCCAGGCAACGCACCAACAGCAACCGCAGCAACAACAGCAGCAGCAGCAACGGCAACAGCAGCAACAACAGCAGCAGCAGCAAUCUCAUCACCAGAGGCACCAGCAGCAGCUGAAACCACAACCCCAGAAACAGCAGAAAGCCCCGUCGUCGCACAGGACUGACAGCGUCAGCAGCCAACCACAGUAAAGUCUUUGUAAACUUAGAAAACCUGGGGAACUGAAACUCUAAAGGGAUUGCUGCAUACAUUUGCUUUGGUCGUGUGGCUGUCACAAACUUCCUUUUCCCCAAAAAUCGCUGCCCUCCCUUCCUCCAUCCGAAAGAAACGAAUCAUAGGAAAGAGGAAAGCCCGUGAGUCCACGAGGAACUCACCAAGGAUUGUCACUAUGGCAACAGGAUGGAUUAAAAUCCCCCUUUUCCUCACCAGAGGCAGACUUGUGAGUAAGCUCCAGUCUCCGUGGAAACCCGACAAAAACACCUUAUCGCCACGGUGACGACAGACAUUUUUUUGAAGAUGUGUCAAAGUGGACUGACAGUGUACAGAUUUACUGUAUGAUAAAAAAAAAAACCAACAACUUGUAAAUAUCCAGUAUAGCCUAACAGGAAACAGAAAUGUAGUAUUUUAUAUGAUUGCAUGGAAAGAAUAACUGUGUAAGCUUUUAUUAGUCGCUUUUGAAAAAUGAAUUUUUACUUUUGGUCAAGUGUUUUCUGGUCAAAGAUGGAGCAGUGACAUGCUCUCUCAGUCUUCUCUCCCCCCCUUCUCUCUCUCUUUCUCUAAAAAAAGUUCAGAAUAAGGCUUUAAAGUACUGUCAGUUAGGUUGGGCUUGGGGUUUUUUUGUGGAAGUUGUGUUUUUAAACACUGUCUCUGAGACAAAAACGGCUCUUUUUAACUUUGUAAGUACAAAUUAUGUUUGGCAAGAAACUAGAUCACAGUUUAAAUGAAUUCUUUGCAGAAUGAUCACUGUACGUAUAACGGGUUUAGUGAUUCCAAGUGCCAAGAACAUAGUCAAUUAUGUUUGUUUUUUUAUUUCAAGCAAACUAUUCAAAGGCGUAUAUAUAUUUUCCAACAAGAUAUUACCCCUAACAAAGUUAAUGCGUGUGUAUAUAGUAGGGAUUAUUUUUUAACAGUCAGAGAGCCCUAUAAGUAACAAACAGUAUAUCCUCAACCUCCUGAAACUUUAGCACUUGAUGUGGUUGUGUACAGUAAAUCACUGUCGAGACCUAGUUGUUUGUAAUCUGUGGUGUGAUUCUGUGAGCUAGUGUGUGUUUUUGGGGAUACAAUCUUUGUGUGCAUGAGUGGGCAUGAGAGUGUCCGUGGUUGGUGUGUGUGUUUGUGUGCUUGUUGCCCCUUGUGUCUUACAAUAAUUGACUUAGUAAGGGUUUGAAGUUGUUGGAUGGUACUUGUAUUCUCAGGAAUGUGGAAAGUUUUUCGCUUCUGCCUCAGUCUGGAACCAGACCGGGAAGGAUAAGACAGUGAUGCUGCAAAGACCAGAGUGUCAGUGUGAAGGGUGUGGUGACUGAAUCAUAUUUGACCCACAUCUUUAAGAGCCUUCCUUGUUAUUUCCUCAUCAAAAUAGUAUGAAAGGAGAAGUCUCCAAAGACACUAAAAAGAUGCUCUCAUUUUGUAAAGGGGGGAGGAUAAGAUAUGGUGUAUGAAUAUAGAAAAAUCAUUUAGGUUAUUCACCCAAAUUGGACUUCAUUGUACCAACGAACCUGCAUUUCUACUGACUGUCUCGUGGUCUUCUGUAUCAUCAGUGUUUCAUCCUUCUAUCUCUUCCUAGGCCUCAGAAACCCUCAUGCAGUUCAGUUCACUCGUCUCUCAGUUCUCAAACAGCAGUUAAAACCAGGGCUUAGCCCAAGUCCAUUUCAAAUAGUGAUGGAAAUGGGCUCAGCCUCUCUACUACAGUUGUAAGCCAUAUCAAAACAGAAAAGCCUUGGACUGGAGGAAGUGUAAUGGUCGGCAAAGGAGCAUUUAGAAUGUGUUGUUUUGUCCCAGAGUGUAGUUAAGACUGUGUGUGUGACUGUGUGUGUGUGUGUGAGAAUAUAGCAUCUCCUCUUAUUGAUCCUACUUCUUGUAUCACUCGGGGGUCAGCAUUGGUUUCCCCUGGCGAUAGCCAAUCAGUUCUUGCGUUGCAGUAUAAAGAAAUAAUUGUAAUAUUCAAGAAACUUCCUCUCCGGUUGGGCUCAGUAUUCUGCAAGCCCGUGUGUGAGACAGCUCAGCUUGAAUACAUGUUUGUGUGAGAAUGAGAGAGUUUGUAUGCAUGUUACCCGUCACUGUAACCCAUUAUAUUUUCAUAUGGAAACAGAUGUGUGACUGGAAAAGAAUGGAUGUUAGGCAAUGCAGAGCAUUGGUCACCUGUCAGGCUAUAAAGAAGACGGGCAGUGUGUUAUUGUUUUACAAUGACAGACUGCUCAACAAACACUUAUCACAACAACUACACAUCAGACCGGGCUCAAAUGGUAACCGUCCCAGAUAUGUUUUUAAUUUAGAUUGCUAAUUUGUGCGACUAAGUGGGGAUUAACUGUCUCUGUCACUUUGUCCACAAACAAGAGGCUUUACAGAGAGCGUCUUACUAUUUGAACCAGGUCUUCCACCCAUCACAUAACAAAUAUAGAUCUUCUAUAGACUAGUUUGUGUUAAAGGCAUCACUCUAAAGGGUAAUGUUGAAAUGUUUAUAGUUUGUGUCACUGAUACCCAGCCCAAAGAAUGUAAAGGUGUUAUAAAGAGACAAAUGGAUGUUAUAACUGUUGAUUAUGGAGAACCUUUGACAGGCUUUGUGAUGAAGGAAAAUGAGGGGUCGUGUUUCUCACUACAACAUAUAGAAUCAGAAAUGCAAUCUUAUUUACAGGCUUUGCAUUGUAAAAGAACCUCCUGAAUGUUUCACCAUUACAAACUUUAUGUUUCUGUUUUAUUGUAACAAUAUUUUUUUGGUUGGAAAACGAGUUUAAAAGGUGAUGAAAGUUAAGGUGUAGGAUAUUUGAAAUGGGACACCAUAGACAAUACAGCGAGCCCCCCCCCCCCCCCCC